UCAAAAGGGGUCAUAAAAUAAAGAAAGAAAGAAAGAAGGUGAGACAGAAAGGAAGAGUAGCUAGAGAAACAGCGUAGCGGUGGAAUAGUGUGCAAAGGUAGGCCGAGGAGCGGGACGAAGGAAACCCCCAAAGUUUUGAUCGACUUCUCCGCCUGGCACCAGAUGGCGCGAGUGACUGACAGACGGUCGCGCAUGCGCUAGAAGGGCCGAGCACGCCGCUGGCUCGGGUACGAUGGGUUCCAUUGAGCAGACGACGCUUCUAUCGGGAGCACGUUCUCGGCGGGCAUGGACUCUCGUGGUUACGUCACGCCGGGCCCAAAAGCUUCGGAAAGCGUGUUUUGAACGUGUGUGGUUGAGGGACAGACUCUCCUUCGAAUGUUUGUCGAGUGACUGCGUGCGAGCGCCAAAACACUGAGCGUGAUGGUUCCCCUGAUGUUUUUCGUAAUGCGCCAGCUGCUGGAGGAGAAGCAGCGCCACAAGCGGCAGAGUCAGGGACUACUGCAGGCAUCCGAUGCUCGGCGCCCGCAAUCCAACACGGCGCUGCGAAACCGACUCCGAAAAGACGAGUCGCGCCCCCUGAUGGCUGGUCUCAGCAUAGACAGGCCUGUUCAAGACGUCGUCAGCUGCUAUGACGGCCCCAUGCUCUUCUCGAGCACCGAUAACCUGGACGCACCGGUGGGCGACAGCGUGAAGGACACCGUUGUGCAGGACGACGUCGACGGAGAGAAUCCCGUGGCCAUUGCCCUCAACAGCAGCCCGAUUCCGCCGUCCCCUGAUGUGCAGAGGAAACUCAGGCAGAUGGACCUCAGCGAUGACCUGACGAGUAUCAACGGGGACGAGGACCUGGAGAGCACACCUGUGACGUCAGAGUCGGUCUCGAAUCGAGCCGUUUCUGCGCGAGUCCCGGACACUCCAACAGACUGUACCGACACCAUCGCCCAGGUGGAAGACGUGAGUGGCGGCGAAGGGAAAAAGGCGCAGCCGGCCAUGUCAGUGCCCGUGAUGGACUUGGGCCCCCUGGCCGACCUGCUGGACCAGGGCCAGAUGGAGGAGUUCUCCAUGGCACCCUGUCCGCAGGGCACCACCAUCCGGUGCCGCAUCACGCGAGACAAGAAGGGCGUCGACAAGGGACUGUACCCGACCUACUACCUGCACCUCGAGAAGGAGGACAGCCGAAAGGUGUUUCUGCUGGCCGCCCGUAAGCGCAAGAAGAGCGCGACGUCCAACUACCUGAUCUCCGUGGACCCGACCGACCUCUCCCGAGGCGGCGAGUCCUUCGUGGGCAAGCUGCGUUCCAACCUGCUCGGCACCGCCUUCACCAUCUACGACUGUGCCGAGGGGCCCCGGCAGAACACGGAGAAGCGAUCGGUCCGCUCCGAGAUCGGAGCCGUGGUCUACGAGACAAACGUCCUUGGCUUCAAAGGACCUAGGAAGAUGACUGUCAUAUUGCCAGCCAUGAGUAAAGACAACAAGAGGAUUGAGCUGAAGCCAUCGUUCGAACACGGGGGACUGUUGGAGCGAUGGAAGAGUCGGAAUAUGGAAAAUCUCCUCGAACUUCGCAACAAAACGCCAGUCUGGAACGAUGACACACAGUCCUACGUCCUGAACUUCCACGGCCGGGUGACGCAAGCGUCUGUCAAGAAUUUCCAAAUAGUCCACGAAAACGAUGCCGACUACAUCGUGAUGCAGUUUGGCAGAGUGACCGAAGAGUGCUUCAGUAUGGACUACUGCUACCCACUGUGCGCUCUGCAGGCGUUCGCGAUCGCCCUGUCCAGCUUCGACAGCAAGCUGGCCUGUGAAUGACCGUUACUGAAGUCGCCUAAAGACAUUGCCCUGCUGCGCAGCAAUCGAAAAUGGCGGCGCGUUGUGCUUCACCUGAGGAAACUCCGCCGCAGAAAAUGGGACUGCCAUGGAUUUGCCUUCAGCGACGCCGAAUGGAUUCCAUGAAGCCGGGGAGGAAUGGACAAUGGUCACUCGCUGGACAAUGCGCGGUUCGACCAGUGCGUUUUGUGGGGGAAUGGAGGGAAAUCGUGUUGCUGACUUUCCUCCCUCCAUCACCCCUCCUACCUUUCCCUCUCCCAGCUUUCCCUCAUUUCCGGUGAGGCUGCAGUCGAACCUGCAUAUCGUGCGCAUGGAUAGAACUGAUUGUUCGACAUAGCAAAGCAAGGCUGUAAUCAUACUCGCCGAUAUCAGCGUGUAUAAAAUACACGCAAUAGUGAAUGUCGGAUAUAGAGAACCAAAUCUAAACAUUUCUCGUCAAUAUAAACGCCUCGCAGAAGUGCGCUCAUAACGAACAAUGACUAUAACGAAGUUAUUUUGGUGUCCGGUGCGAAUUCGUUAUAGCGAGGUUCGACUGUAUAUGCCGCGGUCGCCACUUCCGUGGUGGAUUAGAAGGAAGAUCUGUGAAGAUGAGGUAGCUUGAGAGCUGACGAAGUUAAAGUCACUGGAGCCAUGCGCAGUGGCAUUUUGCACUGCCUCGCGACCAUCCACUUGCCCAAAUCCUGUUUCACCUCGAAACGACUCAAAGACUGGUAGGUCUUUAACUAAACGAUAUUUGCCGUUACAUCGUUGACCCCACUGAGCGAAAUCAAUCUCUGCUUGAUGCGCAAGCUACAACAGUUCAAAGAGAGCUGUGCUGCAAUAUAAGCUAUGUUUGCGCGCUGUCGGUGGAGGAAAGCGUUUGUUCUUGGAUAUAAGAAAGUCGACAACUAAUACCAAGAUUGAGAUUGUGCCUCACUUGUUAAGGCCGCUACUUUUUUAAUUUUUGUAAUGCUUGGUAUUUCAGCGCAAUCUACAAGCUGAUUUACUCGGUGGCUCAUGAUUUUAAUUUAAGCAAUACAUGGGUUAUGGGAAGAACCUAAGUCGCUUUUAACUUAAUUCAACCAUCCCGCGUUAUUUACUGUAAAAAAAAAAUUGAUACACGAGUAUCGCUCACCAAACGGUAAUUCGUCAUCCUCCUUAUUUUAGUGCUACUUGCAAUCACAUAUAUAGCAUUUUUUAUCUUUGGCCCUAGUUAUAGGCGGUCUAUAGUUGCAACUAAUCUAAGGUUUCUGCUCGCGGCGCUUAGUGUUGAAGUUUAAUCAGCUCCAGCUCUGUUACCGGUACUUUGCUCUUAAGCCCAAUUGGUAGGACAAUCGCCUCCAGUCAGGUUGCCAUUCUGGGCUCAAUUUUCAGAGCGCUGUCGCAUAACUGCAAAGGAUUCUUUUCGAGUAACCAGCACAGACAGCUUUUAGCAUGCGGUUAUAAUAAAUGGAUGCUUUCUUUCUAGAGAAAUAUUACAAUGGAAUAUCUUUUUUGCAUUCCUGCCUUGAUGUGCAAUCUUUGUCAGUACUUCUAACCACUCGUGACGCCUGAUGAAAACCUUGACUGCCAGAAGUGUAGCCAGUCGAGCACCAAAUCUACGCACAUGCCAAUCUCAACGAACUUGAAGUCGAUAAAAAAAUAAAUCAAGUGAUAUUACAGCGCUUUUAGGCACAACUAUCUACAGAUAACAAGGACGUCACGUGAUCUCGAGAAAUCUCUGUGAGAUGGCGAUAGGCAUUAAACACACGCACACAAAAAGAGAAACAUGCACCCAGUUUCAGUGGUGGCUUCUCAACUAUGGAAUGCAUAAGGCAGCAUAAAAGACAUGGGCCAAUGGAAUACGUCAGACAGACACAGCUGCUAUGUAUACCUUACGUCAUCCACUCGUACUUGUCUUUAGAACAUAUUUACAAUCCACAAUGUACAGCUCAUUAGCCCAAAUUUCCAUCCUGGUCAAUCUUAUUUUUUGUUGCCGCCUUUCAAACCAACGUCACGCUGCAAACCCGGAGAAAAUGCACCUGCCUCUAAAGUCAGUGCAAGCCUGUAAAACUUAUGAAUUUUGUUUUGAAAUGCGUUAAUAGUAUUGGUUUUUUUUUUAGGAAUAUCCUCUGGAUAAGAUCACAACAUGGAUAAGUUGAAUGAAAAGGUGACUGUUUUGAGUUUCAAAUAAACGUUCUUGAAGUGCGA